AUGGACACAUUGCUAGUGCAGUCAGGUUCUCAAGAGUUUGGAGAAGAAAAACAACAAAAUCAGCUUCUAAAAUUGAAAUUGAAGAAAUUCAACUAUCGUGGAAAGAAAAAUAGAUACAUAGGUGUCAGGAGAUGUCCAUGGGGUCGAUAUGAUGCAGAAAUUAGAGACCCUGAAUCUAAGCGACAUCAGUGGCUUGGCACAUUUGAUACGGCUGAAGAAGCAGCUAAUGCUUAUGACAUAGCUGCUACAUCAAUGAAAAAAAAGAAAAAAAAAUUGAUUAUAGAUAUUCAUUGUCAUGCAAUCUAUUUAAAAAAAAUAUUUUCUCAUCUUCAAAAUAGGAAUCGAGUUCCAAACUAG